AUGAAAUAUUUCACUUUGCGGAGUUUCCUGCUGUUUCUCAUUAGUUUACUGAAUCCAGAGAGGUUAGUUGAAGGCAGGUCAUUAAAACAUCCUUGGAUUAACAACUUCAGUCUAAAUUCCUUAAGUUUUGUGGGAGAUGAAGGAACAUUUGUGCCACUACCAGGAAAUCCUUCAGAGUUGAAAGAAAUUACUAUCAAACCAAAAUCUCUAAAACUGUCGCGUGAAAUUCGUUCUUUGUCCCAAAAAGCUGGUCAAGUGUCUGAUGAAAACCGACGAAGUGAAGCCGUGUUGGUACGAAUGCAGGCAUUAUUACCCAUCCUCCAUUACUUGGCAGGCCCGGUAAUACAGAUUCGUCAAUUUAUAAACUGGGACAAGACUAUAAUCAUCAGCACUGUGUUUUAUGCAAGACCGAAGAAUAUUUGGGAAGUUCAGGAUAUCUUGAGAGCGGCAACUCACGUUGGACUUCAAGCUCGGGCCACAGGAGUUGGACACACGAGGUCACCCUUGUAUGUGGACGAGGGAAACAUUAUGAUUGAUGUAAAAGGACUUGAAAGACAUGAUGGGCCAAGAAUUGAAAUUCAUCGACCCAAACCAUUCAAAGACUACUACAUUUUAACUGGAAUAACAGGAAUAAUUGAAGAAGAACUGAACGAAUAUAUGAAGAAAAAUGGCGUCACUAUGUUGGCUCAGCCGUUAAAUGUAAAAGAAACUCUCGGGGGAAUGGCUGCAGUUGCAACACACGGUUCCAGUUGGAAUGAACCAACAGUCAGCGGAUAUGUUGUAGCAAAUCCAACUCCGCAAUCAAGCGACUCCAACCCCGCGAGCAGAGACUCCGACUCCGUAAGCAGCGACUGCGACUCCGCAAGAAACCGACUCCGACUCUGCAAGCAGCGACUCCACAACCAAGCUACCACCGUAUGCAGCAACUCCGACUCCGUAAACAAGCGACUUCGACUCCGUAACAAAGCGACUUCGAAUCCGCAACCAAGCGAGACCGACUCCGCAACCAAGCGACUCCAACUUAGCAAGCAGCGACACCGACACCGACUCCGUAAGCAAGCGAUUCCGACUCCGAACAAGCGACUCCAACUCCGCAAAACAAGCUACUCAGACUCCGCAAGCAGCAACUCCGAUUCUGCAAGCAUGCAACUCACUCAACACACCACCGUGACGCCAAUCCACCACACGUGCAUCAGACUCAACCAACGACUAUAUCCUGUGACCUCAGUCAUCCAACCCAUCCUUCAACAUCUCUGCACUACAUGUCAACAAUAA